AUGUCUGUAAGAUCAAAGGUUGCAGAGCUGCUCGCUCUGCGGGACUCUGUGUCGGAGUCGGCGGUGUCGCUCGACAAGUUCGCAGACGAAGACGCUGUCAGAGUCAACCUUAAUCUUUCACAACUUUGUUCUCCCUCUCAAACACACAUUUCGCAACAAUCCGCAUCGCAGAAAAAAAUGUGGACUACACCUAGCAGCUCUAGCAAGAGCGAUGUUCUGGGCCCCAGCCCGAACUUCUCGACGCCGACGCGCAGGGAACGUCGGGGUACCAACGUCUACUCCAUGCUAACAGACAUUCCAGAGCAUGUGCUGCGUCCCUCUGCCUCUGUCAAUAACAUGGGUCCGUUGCGGACGCGUGGUUCUGCCCAGAGUUUCAACAGCCGCCUUGACAGCGCUCGUUCGCAGACGCAGCUCAUUUCACCUUCUGCGCUCGACGGCACCCGCGACAUUAUCCAAGGCAACGGCAUCAAGAAGCCUUCACCUUCACCGUCAAUCAAGCGCAGCAAGGCUGAGAGGCUUCUCAAGGAACAUGGCUCACCUCCAGGCCUGCGUGUCACUGCUGGUGGUCGCAUUGUCCCGACUGACAUGGUGGCUCUUGGAAGCCCUCAAUAUCCCCUCAACAGUGCGAAGCCCACGAACAUGUCGAAUUCCUCGCUCCGUCAGAGUGCUCUUGAACAGAGCAAUGGGCAGCCGUUUGUUGGCACGCCGUUCGCUGAUCACUUCACCUACGACGCUCUUGGUCGCCCAAUCGGGCUUUCCGGCCAACCUGUCUUCAGUGUCCCACCUACGGCACUGUACUCUCAGAUGUUUCCGUACCCUCCUGGCACGAUCCAUCAUGUCGUACUCCCCAACGGUCAAGUUGUCUAUCCGCACCCGCCGCAAGGUCAGCCGAAGCAGUACGUACCCAUCCCUCCUGUGUCGCCAGUCUCGCCCACGCCUACCGAAGCCAACUCUGCUUCUCUGAACAACCACCUUCGGAUCACCAACUUCAAGAAGCAGCUUGAGAGGCUUCACCUUGAACAGCGUGACCUGGAGAGAGACCUUGUCAUCCGCGAGAGCCAGAUCACUCCGGAGGAGCGUACUCGCCUGAUCGGUCGCAAGAUGGAAAUGAUAAACCAGGCCGAUGAGAUUCGGAAGGAGGUCAAGCAACUGCAAGCCCUUGUGAAGGCUGACUCGAGCGAGUCUAUCCAGAGCGAGACCCAGAAGCAGCAGCCUUCUGUCACACAGACGAUGCCUAUCUACACGCAACCCCUUGGUUUCGCACCUGGUCAGGUUGGACCUCAAUCCUUCCCUUACCAGUUCCCUCAACAGUCAGGAGAGUACCCAAGUUUCGCACCACAGGUCAACCAGAUCUCCGCCUUCUAUCCGGGGAUGCAGCCUCUUGGUGGAACGCUUGCUCCUGGUCCUGCUCCUGCUCACCAGGGUAACGGCACCGCCUCAGGUGGAAGCCAGGUUUCGCAGGCCCCUUCUGCUGAUCAAAGCAACGAGUCACCAGUCUUGAAGAAGACUCCUGCUAUCAGCAGCCGUCGAUCGCACGCUCUAGAGAUCAAAGAUCCACGGAAGGUCGCAGUGGCUGAGAAGGAGAAACCCAGCAACUUCAAGCGUUCCACUCUUGACCCAACUAGUCCUACGUAUGAACCCAAGAAGUCGACUACCCCCGAAGUUGACUCUCAGUUUGUUUUCGUGCCGCCUUCACCAUCCCCCAUUGCCUCUCCGAAGCGCAGUGCCGGCUUCAAAGCACACUUCCCUUGGCUUUGUGACACGAAGUCUUCACAGGAUGCUACUGAUGUGGGUCAACCCGACAGGACUCCUCAGCACAAGACCAGUGCUUCGAGCAUCAACACUGAGGAUUUCUUCCCGACGAAUCCCCAUGAGCAUUCAACUACCAGCUUCGUUAACAGAGCUCUGAAGUCUGGUGUUCGUGUCCAAGCUCCGUAUAUGAAGGCAAGUACCCACGACACACCUGAGAAGAAGCCGUCUUGGGAUCUCAUUCCGUGGAACCCACAGGUCGUUAGCCCGUCCAACACCGAGGAAGGAGAUGAUCUACUGAGAGCGCCUCAGGUAUCCCCAAUCAGUGGCACUGCUACGUGUAGCGAAUCCAAAGAAAGCCAAAAAAUUGACUACUCCGAUAAGUCCAGCUCCUUCCUCGAAGGUCUUUGCGCCGGCCUUACAGGAGGAUCCAUCAAUGCGGACAUGGACCCCGACUUCAUGCUCGGUUACAGCACCGGCUUACUCAGGAAGCGUGGCGGCUCUUCGAACAACAUCACCAAGACCGUGUCUCGCUCCCGCCAGCCCAGUCUCCAGAGCCAGAGGCCUUCUGAGAUGGCGACGAUCGAUGCACCGCUGCAGGUACAUGCCCAGACCCAGACCACGAAACGCCAGAGCAGCUUGCAGCAUGUCCUGAACCAUCUGAAGUCAGUGACUGUUGACUCCACGCCAACGUUUCCUACUGAGUAUGGUCUGCGUCCUAUCGCACCUCAAUUCAAUUCGUUCGAUUCUAACCUCAGUAUUACCUCUGGUAUGGGAAUCCCACCUAUUGAUGCUGCGCUGCGGUCUAUCACGACCGACAAGGCUCUUCGACCGGUUCACAACGGUGGCUUCGACGCUUUCCAGGCUCAGUACCCAGCACCUAUCAGCAAGCCCAUGAUGCACUUUUCUGGAAACCAGCAAGAGGAGCGCAAGAGUGUGUACCGUGCUGACAAGUCUCCUCCCAAGUUGAGCAAAGCCUCGCCCACCAAGCAAGUCAGCACUCAGACUCAGCAGAAGGCUGCUGAGCCUCAACGUCCUAUGCGCAGCUUCACUCUGUCCUGUAUGGGCGAGCAGGGCCGCGGCCCCAGUCACUCCUUCGACGGUGCUAUGGACGACCUCUCAGAGAUGAUUGAGCCUAUCAGUGCGAGCAGCAAGCCUGAGUCUUCUACUAACCGCUCUUCUCCCUCAAAGUUUACCGAGGCCCAUGAUGCGUCGGCUGUGUCCACUGGUUCUCCCAAGAAAGUUUCACGCACUUCUCCGACCAAGGCCAAGUUUGAGGAAAUGGCGAACAAAGUCAUGAAGUCGAAGAAGACCGACAGGGAGGAUCCCGCUGCCCCAGCGUCCAUGUCUCGUGACGAUAAAAAGAAGUGGCGCGAAGAGUGGAAGCGCCGCUUCAUUGACAUGAAGCAAAGGGACCAGAGCAUGGUCGACAAGUACCGCCAUGAUAACCCUCUUCCCUAGUGAAGCAUUCUGAGCGACUUGACUAUGUGCUCAAGCACGGGGUACUUUACUAUCAGCGCUACAAUGCAACGGCUCUCUCGGCUUUGGACGACUGUUCAUCGCUUGGAGCAUACUACGGCGGUCAUUUUAUUGAUUGCAAACCGUAUCCAUCGGCCUGCAGUCUGGACCGGUGCUCCCUCUUCGAUCUUCAUCGUCGACAGGAUCCAACUCUUUGGCACCUACAAAUACCGGUUCCUUUCAUGCACGCCUUCUUGCGUAUACUUUCUGUCUGUUUUUGAUUACUGCUUUUGUUACCUGAGGUUCCCUCUGUUGCGCAACACAUAUUCCUCUUGAUGGACUUCGGUCCACACAGGAGGACCCUAUUUCGUCCCUGCUACCCUUUCGUUUCGAUGAUUUGUUACCGACUGAUUUUAAUUCUCCUGAACGCUCACAAGAUGAAAACAUUAGAAAAACAUGGCGGAAGAGACAA